GAGAGGGAGAGGGCGGGAGAGAGGAGAGCGUGAGCGCGCGCAAGCUAGCAGCAAAGCGGAGACCGACCGGGGACCGGAGAGAGACCCAGGGAGAGGCGAAGCUGAGCUCUGUCAGGGCUCAGUCUCCAACUUGUUUCACCCCGUUCCUCCUCCUCUCCUCGGGCUUCAGGAGGUGACUGUGGCGCUAGGUCUCUCCAAGUUGGUGCCUAAGAUGAUAAUCACACAAAUGUGUCACGUCUACACUACCAGCCUUGGGCUUCUUUUCCUGCUUAGUAUUCUCCCUGCAACCACUGGCCAAGGGGAAUCAAGACGGCAAGAACCUGGGGACUUUGUGAAGCAAGAUAUCGGAGGUCUGUCUCCUAAGCAUCCAAAUAUUCCUGAAGACAGCACUGACAACAUCACUAUCUUCACCCGGAUCUUGGAUCGCCUUCUGGAUGGCUAUGACAACCGACUGCGGCCUGGGCUUGGAGAUGCAGUGACUGAAGUCAAGACGGACAUCUACGUGACAAGUUUUGGCCCUGUGUCAGACACUGACAUGGAGUACACUAUUGAUGUAUUUUUUAGACAAACUUGGCAUGAUGAAAGACUGAAAUUUGAUGGACCCAUGAAGAUCCUCCCACUGAACAAUCUCCUGGCUAGUAAGAUCUGGACUCCUGAUACCUUCUUCCACAAUGGCAAGAAAUCAGUGGCUCAUAAUAUGACCACACCCAACAAGCUGCUCAGACUGGUGGACAACGGGACCCUCCUUUAUACAAUGAGGUUAACAAUUCAUGCUGAGUGCCCCAUGCAUUUGGAAGAUUUUCCCAUGGAUGUGCAUGCUUGCCCACUGAAGUUUGGAAGCUAUGCCUACACAACAGCUGAAGUGGUUUAUUCUUGGACUCUUGGGAAGAACAGAUCUGUGGAAGUGGCACAAGAUGGCUCUCGCCUGAAUCAGUAUGACCUGUUGGGCCAUGUUGUUGGGACAGAGAUAAUACGGUCUAGUACAGGAGAAUAUGUCAUCAUGACAACCCACUUUCAUCUCAAGCGAAAAAUUGGCUACUUUGUGAUCCAGACCUAUUUGCCAUGUAUCAUGACUGUCAUUCUGUCACAGGUGUCUUUCUGGCUCAACAGAGAAUCUGUCCCUGCGCGCACGGUCUUUGGUGUUACCACUGUGCUCACCAUGACCACUUUGAGUAUCAGUGCCAGAAACUCCUUACCUAAAGUGGCGUACGCGACGGCCAUGGACUGGUUCAUAGCCGUCUGUUAUGCCUUUGUCUUUUCUGCUCUGAUUGAAUUCGCGACUGUCAACUAUUUCACCAAGCGGAGUUGGGCCUGGGAAGGCAAGAAGACUCCCGAGGUGCCGGAGACAAAGGAGAAAACGCCAGCAACUCCGACCCAGAAAGCGAGCACCACCUUCAACAUUGUGGGGACGACCUAUCCCAUCAACCUGGCCACCAAGGAAACUGAGUUCUCCACCAUCUCCAAGGGCGCUACUUCCAGUGCCUCUUCGACUCCGACCAUCAUCGCUUCGCCCAAGGCCACUUUUGUGCAGGACAGCCCAACUGAGAUCAAGACCUACAACAGUGUCAGCAAAGUUGACAAAGUCUCUCGCAUCAUCUUUCCCGUGCUCUUUGCCAUAUUCAAUCUGGUCUACUGGGCCACAUAUGUGAACCGGGAGUCAGCUAUCAAGGGCAUGAUCCGCAAACAGUAGGUAGUCGAGGUGGCAACCAGAGCACUGUAUCCCCAUGAAGCAUCCAGGCACCCAGCCUGGGGCUCCCUUUAGUAGGUUUCAGGAUUCUUCUUUUCAACCCUCUUCCUAGCUGUGACUCUCAACUCAAUUCACAUUUAUGAAUAUCAGUGAAAAAAUAGCAACAGAAAAUGACUCGCCCCUCUGACAAAGGCCGACAUGACCAUUUUCCAAGGCUGGGAGGGAUGAGAAAGUCACCUCCCUACCAGGGCAACCAGUCACACACUGGAUGGGGUAGGAAGGGUGGGUAGUAGUUGGGGAUUCAAAUCUAGCUCAAAACAAAAGAUCACUAGCAGGUGAAUAGGCAAACGCACCCUUCCCUGUCCCCUCCACUCCACACCUUUGCCCAGGCCCAGGCAUUUGGGUCCCACCGCAUCAGGGACGUCUGGUCCUGUGUGGUUGAUGACAGUGCUUGAGAGGAGUGACUUGGAGAUUCAUACAGAUAUCUCUAGUCAGCUUUUGAGUCAACUAAAUCAUUGAAUUUGUUGCCAAUUCUAUACCGAAUUAUGUACAGGCCAUUUGAUUUCACUUGUUCUUAAUGUGAGUAGAAGUGAUAGGAUAAAUACCAAAAUUUUAUAAGGUAAAUACACUGAGUCACAGAAGUUUGAAUAAUUUGCCUAGGCCCCUUAUACGUGGCUUUAAUGAACAACGGCCAUGCACCCCUUUCCAGUGGCCAAAAUGAAGAAAGAACUGAGGAGCCACGUCCAGUUGGACCUGAGAAUCAGCCCCAUCUCAGCGGGCCUUCUGGGCCAUAGGGCACCGAGAGUCUUUAGAGAGUGGCGGUGUACACUUCUAACAGCCGUGGCUAAACGGAACGAGAGCCCCAGCCACUCCGGAUCUGAACCUGUGCACAAAUCCAGAGAGUCUUACAUGUCCAAGGCAGGGCCACAGGUGGCACUGAGAGCAGAUUCUCCCUGGCCAUCCGCUGAAGCAAACCCACUGAGGGGGUAUCCUUAGCUGCUGGUUGCCUUUACACCCAUCCUUCUCUGAUGCCCUGCUUCCUCGCCAUUGCUGGGAUAAUGCAUGCCAGUCCCAUUUUCCUAAGACUGUGUAGGUAAAUUCUUGAGUAGAAGAGUGUAGUUUUGUGGAUACGUG